AUGAGUCCAUUCUUCUACGCGAAAUUCAAUCUACCUGCGUUACUUCAUCUUGCUAAGCAAAUUCGAGAUGUCUCGUGUUCUUGCGAUAUGUCCCAGCAGCCAUUGUGUGGCUCUUCGAAUUGGGCAGUCGUUCUGACAUUCGUGGAUGGUGUAGAAUGGAUCUUUCGCUGCCCUCAGAUGUAUAACGAUGUAUCUAUUCAGACCGCGUCGGAAUUGCUCGAGAGUGAGGUUGCGACCAUGAAGUACAUCAAAGUGAACAGUUCAAUUCCCGUCCCGGAGAUAUUCGAUUACAGGUAUUUAUGCCGUGCAGCAUUACUAUAUUUCCACGCUAAUCAAUGAAAGCUCCACAUCCUCGAACCCCAUGGGCAUCCCAUUUAUCCUUAUGAGCAAGGCCCCUGGUAUUGCACUGAGUAAAUUUGCAUGGAAUGCCGAACCGGUAAACAUCUCACAUCGCAAGUCGCUUCCCUCCCUAGGGAGAACACAUAAAGAGAAAAUUAUGAAGCAGCUAGGGCUGUUGCGCGCUCGAUUGUCAAAACUCAGAUUUGACAAGAUAGGAUCAUUAUACAUUGAAGGCGAUGAAUAUCACAUCAAGAAAUGUCUUUCGCCAGCUUUAAUAUGGUACACGCGCGAUUGCUUGGACGAGGUUUCACGAGGUCCUUUUCUAUCCACAAAGGAUUUUUAUGAGUCUAUGCUUGUAACCUUCCUUCUUCAUGUGAAGGAGCUAUCACUAGAGCCACAUGUGUUUUUUGCACCUCUCCCGAAAGCAAGCGAAUUCGAAACACAUUCACAAUAUAGAUCGGCAGUGUCUCGCUGGAGCGAUUAUAUUACGGUGGGUAACAAAGUUGAUCACAGUUCUAAUAGAUUGGAUUAUUGCAUUGCGGAGCAUUACCUACGCGAUAUGCUACCUUCAAUCGACGUCCCUGCAUCGACGAUCCCGAGUGAGUUUGCAAAUGGAUAUCCUCUUCACCACCCCGAUCUUAGUUCAAGCAAUAUUUUUGUCGAUGAAGAUUUCAAUAUCAGCUGCAUCAUCGAUUGGGCAUUUUGCUCCACCGUUCCGAUGCCCAUACUAUUAACGACCCCAAGUCUGCCCGGGCCGAGAGAUGAUAUCGAUAGCUCAUCAACCCCUUUUUUUCGAAGUGGCUUUGAACACAACACCUUCGACGAACAAAUAUGGAUCUCCGCUCAGCGAUCCUGGUGGUUUUCGCGCCUGGUCGCUCUAGAUGGUCUUCGAGACUACCAUUACUUCACAGAACUGUACACAUCUAUCUACAAACCAAAAGACAUUAUCGAUAUACCUAGACUAUGUAAAAGCGCACGAGAUGAAAAGAUGUUUCGAGGUUUGGCUGCAGAGCUUAGGAUGGAAGAUUGUUCAGUUGGUGAAAUCGCAAAACAUGAAAAUGACUAUUUUCGCGUCAUGAAGUCGAGUGGGAAGGAAGCUGUAGCGAGGAAACUUACUCUAGUGUCCGAACUUAAUCAAGGCUUCGUGGCGGAUAAGAGAUUAUGGCGUUGGCUUGAUGAAGCUUUGGAUGAUAAUUGA